ACAAGAACUUUGGGGUUGAAGUUUGCAGAGCUGAAUGCUUGUGAUUGGUCAAGUACUACCAGCAUUUUGGACCUGUUGAACUUUAGCUUGUUAUUUUGAAUUGAAAUCUUAUAUAUGCCCACAGCUAGGCUAUGUGCUUUUAGCUAAACAAAUACCACACUGGUUGCAAGUGAAUUAACAGCAUAAUUAUGUGCAAAAAUCCAUGUAUGAUGAAGUAGAAAAGAAUUUUAAAGUCACUAAGUAGCUGAACUAGUAGGCCAAGUAUCACCACAUAUCCACCACAUUAACUUAGACCAGCAACAAAUAACCUUUGGAGUUAAUCAGAGGAAUACCAUGAACCUAAAUUAAGUUCUGGGGAAAUUAGUUUUUAACCUCCAAAAAGUUUGGGGGUGAAGUUUGCAGAGCUGAAUGUUUCUCAUUGGUCUAGUACUCCUAGCAUUUUGGGCCUGUUCUACUUGAGCUUGUUAUUAUUCUGGUGUUGACGGAAUAACUUAGCCUCCUCCGUGCUUACUGCCAAAGACUAUGCAGCAACAAUAACGCCACUUACAGUGUCACUAGCUUAAAUGGCGUUAUUGUUGCUGCAUAGUCUUCGGCAUUACUGCCACCUACAGGACUGCAGUGGAGCAAGUUGUUGUAAUGUCCCAUGCAAAAUAUUAAAGGAACUAAAAGGAACAAAUGUUUUAGUUCCUUGAAAAGAGUUCCCUGGACUGAAAGUUCCUGACACUGAAAGGUCAGUUCCUGCACGGUCGGAGAUUCUCUGUGACUGAUGACCAAAAUCAGGCCCCCGGGUCUACCUGCAGGGCCAAGGAGGCCCUUUAUCAGAGCCAGUGGGAAGCCAAGCUGUCAGCAGUUGAAGACGAGGAGGAGCGGCACUUCUGCAUGCUGCUAGAAAGCCUGGGAGCCAGUAAUGUAUUUGAGGACCCGGGCGAGGUGCGCAGCCUUUGGGCGCAGCUCAGGCGAGAUGAGCCUCACCUCCUGUCAAAUUUUGAGGAGUUUCUGGCAAGGGUAACCCACCAAAUCAAAGAAGCCCAUCAGGAAAAGAAGGAGAUGGAAAGUGCCCUCCAGAGGAAGGCCGCGACGCACGACAGCGAGAUCCGGUAUUUGUACGAAGAGAUGGAAGCACAGAUCAAAAAUGAGAAAGACAGGCUGAUACUGAAGGACUCUGAGCGCCUUCAGUCUCGCAGCCACGACCUGGAGCACCAGUUGUCUUCUAAAGAGAAGGAGCUGGAUCAGCUUUUCCAGAAGCAGAAACGAUUAGAGCUCCAGUGCCGUGAGCUGAGCAGCGAGAGGCAGGAGAGCCAUGUGGAGAACGUCAAGCUGAAAAUGACCAACGACGAGCUGUCCCGAGCGCUGGAGAGCACCAGCCAGGAGCUGGCGCUGGCCCAGGAGCAGCUGGCAAUGCUGCAGGAGGAGGCCGCUCGGCUUCAUCAGGAGAAAGAGAUGGAAAUGUACAGAAUAACUGAAGGACUGCAGAGGGAGAAGCAAAGCCUCAUGAAGCAGCUUGAUCUCCUCAGAGAGAUGAACAAACAUUUGAAGGAUGAGCGGGACAUAUGCUCUGGUGUCCCUCGAACCUCACUCAGAAAGAAGCAGAAGCAGAGGACGGGCCUCGCAAACAUAUUCGACGACGCCAGCCAGCCGACAAAAAGAGCCCCACUGUUGGUGGAUGGGUCCUACCAGUCUCUGGAGGCCUUGCCCAUAGAGCACCUUCAAAUCGUGUUUGUUGCUUCCUCCUCCUGUAGCGAAGACGACAACACCACUCCUUCGUCCAAACCAGCCGCAUGUACGCAACGCCCUUCAGCGAAGAAGAACUUAGCCAACGGUUACGCCAACCCGGCUCAAACUAAAGCGUUCGACGUGAAGGCGAAGGCUAAAAAGUCGCCCGUUAAAACGGUAACCUCCAAGAGGGUGAUGGGAAAAACCAGAGAAAGAUCAAGGAAAGUUGAAAGUGAAAAGAAAGCCGGGGAAGAAGAGGACGGCCUGGAUGCCCCGCCAGACGGAUGGCCUCUCAGGCGAGUCAUCUCCAUCGAGGAGGACCACCUGCCGCACCUGCUUCAAGGUGGACCCCAGCCCUUACUGCACCAGCUCAGCGAGGAGGAGGACGGGGAGGAUGAGGAGGAAGAAGUGGCAGCUCAGAGUGGCAUUGAAUCCAGUGUUGUCAUGGCUGCUGACCUCCCGGCCUCCCUUCCACCAUACAGUCAACUCUCAGUAGAAGCUCCUCCUGCAGGAAAAUCGCGCUUUACCCGAUCGAAGAAGACACCGCUGCCUUCAAGGGGACAACCUGUUGGGAAGGAGACCCAGCAAAAGGCAAAAGAAGGAGCAUUGUUCGCCCCAGAUCGUCUCUUCAAGGUGGUCCUGGUCGGAAACUCCAGCGUAGGCAAGACAUCCCUGCUACGCUCCUUCUGUGAGGGCCGUUUCCACCCCUCCACCACUGCAACUGUGGGUAUUGACUACAGUGUGAAGACGUUAACCCUGGACAACAUGCAGGUAGCCAUGCAGCUUUGGGACACUGCAGGUCAAGAGAGGUACCGUAGCAUAACCAAGCAGUUCUUCCGCAAGGCCGACGGCGUGGUGGUGAUGUACGACGUCACAGUGGAGGAGAGUUUCAAGGCUGUGCAGCCCUGGCUCACCAAUGUCCAGGAAGCAGCAGGUGAAGGGGUCCCCAUUCUCCUGCUGGGCAACAAAAUGGACAUGGAUGAGGACAGAGAGGUGUCAUUUAAAGAUGCUGAGCAACUGGCUUAUGAAAACAAGGUGAUGUUCUUUGAGGUCAGCGCCUACACAGGGAACAACGUGACGGAGUCCCUGACGCACCUGGCCAGAGUGUUAAUGGAGCAGGAGGACAGGGUGAGAGACACCACAGUCAUCCUCAGUGCUCAACCUGUCAAGAAGAAAGCCUGCUGCAAGUGAAGAAACCCUGACUGGAAAGGAAAAAAAAAAACAAGUUAUCAAUUUAAUGAUAAGCAGAAUGUUUUUUGGACUGUGGACAUUUACAGUGUUUGAUGGCAAAUGUAGAAUCAGUAUUAGAUUUAUGUAAACACUUAUUUUGUCUUUAUUUUGACCUGGAAAAGCAGCACAUGCUUAGGGCGACAUAAAGAACUCUACUUGAGUCCACAUUAUUUUGGAUGGAAACCUGAUUUCUUCCUCUUUUUUUUCCCCCUUUAGAAGCCAAACCAUUAUAGCUAGACCUUCAGAUACUUUGAUGAUUUCUUCGUCUUUAUGUGGCUAUUCCUUGGCCACUGUCUCAGCUUCUUUCCAUGCUUCCUGCCACCUUGACUGCCUUAUAACCACUUGUACCUUUGAGAAAAUAAAUCUUUCUUCCUCUUUUUCCAUCCUGUUUUUUUUCCUCUGUAGUAUUUUCUACAACCAAACAACUUGUCGAUCUCAAAUGUUCUCGAGUUGAGACUUUUUGGUUUACAUUUUUAGAAAUGGAACUGGUGGAAGGUAAAUUAAUGGUGAUAAUCCCAACAGCCUCUAUCUAACCUCCUGAGAUCUGAGCUUUUGUUUGGUAUGUAUUUUUAAUUUCUCCAAGGUAUUUGGGUUUAUUAGGACCUAAGAAGUAUAAAAACUAAGCAUCAUCUUUGAACAGGAGGUAGCUUUUGGAAAAUAUGAUGUCCUCAUAUGUGGACACGGGGAUUAUUUCACUGUAUAAUAUAAUAAAGUCACCAAUAUGUAACAAAUUGUAAAACUGAACAUGGCUGUACAAGGAGUUAUAGCUAUAGAAUUUGUUCAUAUUAAAGUAGAAAAGCAUAAAUAAACAAGUUUCAACU